AUGAAUCAGGAUGACACUGAUAAUAAGUUGAAUGAUCAAGAACAUAGUGAAUUGAAUGAACUUCACAAUAAAGAUCCAAAACAAUAUGAAAAUGAUAAAGGUGAAGCCAGUAUGCCUAAAAAUGAUAGUGAUGUAGACAUAAAUCAAGUUGAAAGAGGUCCUAGAAAAGAUGAUGGUAUUUUGUUUCCUCUUGAUAAUACCGGAAGAUACUUCAAUCCAUCACAUUAUAAGAGGCAGUUGUCAAAUGGUGAGAAAAGUGAUAGAAGAUGGUUAGUGUAUUCUAUUUCAAUGGACAAGGUCUUAUGUUUCUGUUGCAAAUUAUUCAAGACUCAAAGAACCACAAUGAAACUUGGUAAUCUAGUUGAUGAAGGAUACAAGGAUUGGAAGAAUAUCAGUCAAUGUCUCAAUCUUCAUGAAACUAGUAAAGAUCAUAUUGAUUGCAUGACUAGUUGGAUUGAAUUAGAAACAAGACUUCGAAAGAAAAAAACAAUUGAUGAAAAUAUGCAAGUAGCAAUUAACAAAGAGAGAGAACAUUGGAAACAAGUAUUGAAAAGAAUAAUUGUAGUUGUGCAAAGAAUUGCAAAAAAUAAUUUGGCACUCCGGGGAGAUAAUGAGAAGCCCCUUUAUGUUGAGAAUAAUGGGAUCUUUUUGCAGCUAAUUGAAAUGAUUGUUGAAUUUGAUCCAAUAAUGGAGGAACACCUUCGGCGUGUUCGAGAAAAAUAG